CACAACUUUACGAGUUAUGUUUAGGAAAUAAUAAAUUCGUUAGUAUGUGAAGGUGACUGUCUUCAUUUAUGUUUAUAUACUAUUGUUCCCAGUUCAAUUAAAAACUGAACUUUAGAAUGACUUUAGAAACUCAAAAAGAGGGCUCAAACUCAAAGGAUGCUGUUGGUAAUGGAAAAACCAAAACUAACGCGGCAAACAUUACAUCUACGAAUCAUCCAGGCCCUGGUACGAAUACUAGUAAUACUAUGACUCGACAACAACGUUUUGAACGAGAGAGGAAAGAGAAGAAUUUUCAGACUAAGGUUGUUAUCAGGAGGCUACCACCAUCCAUGAGUGAAGAACAGUUUCUAGAUCAGAUCUCUCCGGUACCAGACUAUGAUUACAUGUAUUUUGUAAAAGCAGACCCUAGCAUGGGACAGUUUGCCUUCUUAAAAAUACAUAUUUCUUUCAUAGUCAUUCUUAGACUGUUUUUAGUUUUUUUAUGUAACUAAAAGCAAGAUAUUUUUAACUUUAUGUCAGGGAAUGAAUAUCCUGCUAUUGUGGAAUUUGCACCAUUCCAAAAAAUUCCAAAAAGAAGAAUGAAGAAAAAAGAUGCUAAGUGUGGCUCAAUUGACCAAGAUCCAGACUACCUGAAGUUUUUAGAAAGUCUUCAGAGUCCAGAAGAGAUGUCAUUGCCUUCAGCAGAAGCUUAUUUGGAAGAAAUAGAAGCAAAGGAAAGAGAACUUAAAGCUAAUAAUGGAGUCUUGAAACUUACAACACCACUUAUUGAAUAUAUUAAACAGAAAAAGCUGGAGAAACAGAAGGUGCGGGAAGAGAAACGAGAAGAAAGGAAGAGGAGAGAGCUGGAGAGAAAACGACAGAAAGAAGAGGAGAGAAGGAGAAGGAAAGCAGAGAAAGAAGAAAAGGUCAGAGACAGGCCAAAUGAACAUGAUGAAAGCAAAGAAAAAGAAGAUUUUGCUGACGAGUCAGACAUGAAAUCAGAACAUGCACAAAGCUCUCAGACUGUAGUCAAACUUUUAAAAAACCCAGAACGAGAGAAAGAGCGAGAAGUCAGUACCAGAGAGCCAGAAAAGGAAGAAAAUAAAAAGACUACAAGUUCUCAUUUCAGAAGCAGAGAAGUUGUUGUCAGUCAAUCAGGUAGGCGAGAUAGGGACAAAAGAAGGGAAUGGGACCGGCAGCGAGACAGACAAAGGCCACGUGAGAAAGAAAGACAGCCCCACUUUAGAGAAAGAAACAGAGAAAAACCUCGAAAAGAUCUUAAAGAAGACAGAUAUAAUACUUCUGGCUAUGCUGAUAAAGGGAGGCCACGAUCAGAAAACCUCACAUCAAGAAGCUCUGGAUACAGGUCUCUAUUAGGUAGUUCAUCCACUAAAGAUAAUUAUAAAGGGAAAAGCAGUAUUUCUACAAAAGAAGACAGAGGAGCUGGAGGAAAAGUUGACAGUCAAGAAUUGCCAAGUAAGUCCAGAAGAAAUUCUGGGGAAAGUCUUUCUGCUGAUACAGGAGUCAGAAGUAAAGCAAAUCAAGACAUAGAAUCAUCAGAAGGUAGAGAUCAGAAGACAAGUAAAGCAGAAGCUGAUUCAAACAAAUCUUCAAGUGAUAAGUCAGAGAGUUCUUCAGCAGAUCUAAAGGACACAUCUAAAGAUCCCCGUGCUGAACGAAGAAUUAGAAACAAGGACCGCCCAUCCCUUGAAAUAUAUCGACCUGGUAUGCGAAGACUAAAUGUACAGAGAAGCAGUCCACAGAAAGAAGAAGCAGGUGGGCAAGGUGGCUCUUCUCCAUCUAGUCCCACACCUUCAAAUAGUUCAAGCAGAAAAACAAGUGGUGCUCCUGAAAGGUUUAGGGCCAGUAGACCACAGAAACCUGAAUCAGCCAGCGAGUAUGAAAAACCGGCAGACAAAUCACCUCACCCACCUUUGGAAAGUAACAGUUCAAGUGAGAAAGAAAUUGGAGGUAAAAAUGAUUGAAGCGUCUUGAAAAAAUUUCAAAAGAUCAUUGGUUAAUAGGUUUCUUUUUAACCUUUUCUCUUUGAUAAAAGUUAUUUCUUACAGCAUUAUUAUAAAUACUGAAAAUAACAUAAUGCUUUGGUAGUUAAUUCAUUGUAUUUCAGGCACUUCAGUGUUUUGUAUAAAUAAAACCAUUUCUCAUGUAUUAUUUUACAUGAUAGACCCAGCAGAGAAACCAAAGUUUAAAAAAAUGUGUUCUUUAGAAUUGCUAACUUCUAAAAAUCAUACUAUUUAUAUUUCUGAACAUUAAAUAAAAGUAGUGUGAGUGCUGAAAGACAAAACCAGAACCAUUUUCUAGUGAAUUCUAGUUCUUUUCAUAUAUUCUACACCCUAAACAUGAAUCUUAUAUUUUCCCAAGCAAAAAAAACACUUGAGGUUAGUUGAUAACUUCAUUAUCUUUAGCCACUUUCAAGUCAUCUGCAAAAGGAUAUCAAACUGAUCAUAUAAUU